AUGACCGGCCAGGACUUCGCCCACGCCCCCGCCGUGCAGGACGACAACCUCGAGACCAAGAAGCGCCUCUCGAGCCAGAACGAUGAGGAGGGCUACGCCAAGGAGCAGCUGCAGCAGCCGCUCGACCCCUACGGCGAUGAGGUUGGCGCCGCCGUGCAGUACAAGACGAUGAGCUGGUGGCAGGGUGCUAUUGUCAUGAUAGCUGAGAACAUCUCGCUGGGCAUUCUCUCGCUGCCCGCAGUCAUCGCAAAGGUCGGCCUGAUUGGUGGUCUCAUUGCCAUCAUCGGUCUUGGCAUCUUCACCACCUACUCCGGAUAUCUGCUGUGGCAAUUCCGCAUGCGCUUCCCUCAGUGCACCAACAUGGGCGACGUCGGCGAGGUUCUGCUUGGCCGCUUCGGCCGCGAGUUCUUUGGCGCUUUCUACGUCAUCUACUGCAUCUUCUCCGCCGCCAGCCAUCUGUUGACCUUCGUCAUCGCCAUGAACGUCCUGACCGGCCAUGCUACCUGUAGCAUUGUCUGGGGCGUCGUCGGACUCGUGGUUUUCAGCAUCCUCACCAUUCCGCGCACGCUGAAGAACAUCUCCUUCCUGUCCAUCAUUUCAUUCAUAAGCAUUCUGUCUGCUGUCCUGCUCACCAUCAUCGCCCUCGGAGUCGCUCCCAAGGCUUCCUACUCGGACAUGGAUGGCAUUUACCACCCCAGCUUCCCCUCGGCUUUCAACAGCAUUUCCAACGCCGUCUUCGCCUACGGUGGCCACGUCGCCUGGCUCAGCUUCAUCAGCGAAUUCCGCCACCCCGAAGAGUUUCCCAAGGCGCUCAUCACGCUGCAGUCCAUCGACACUACACUUUACGUCAUUGCCGCUCUGACCAUCUACCGCUACGCCGGUGAGGACGUCACCAGCCCGGCUCUCAGCGCCAACGGCGAAAUCGUCCGCAAGGUCGCCUGGGGAAUUGCCAUGCCCACGAUUGUCAUUGCCGGAGUCAUCUUCGCCCACGUCACGGCCAAAUACGUCUAUCUGCGCAUGUUUGCCGGCACCAAAUACCUGCACAGCCGCGGCGUCGUCGCGACGGGCACAUGGAUCGGGCUGGGCGUCGGCACGUGGACCAUCUCGUGGAUUAUCGCCAUGUCGAUCCCCAAUUUCAGCGACCUGCUCGGCUUCGUCAGCGCUCUGUGCGCGUCGUGGUUCUCGUACGGCCUCCCUGGCGCGCUGUGGUGGUACCUCAACAAGGGCCGGUGGUUCGCCGGCCCCAAGCAAUGCUUCCUCGCCUUCUCAAGCGGCUGCCUCAUCGUCAUCGGCCUCAUCAUCUUCGGCGUCGGCUUGUACGCUUCCGGAUACCAAAUGUCGGUCGACUCGUCCGGCGCUAGCUGGAGCUGCGCGGACAACUCGAAAUGA